UCUGAUUCAGUCUUCCUCGUUUUCUUCUUCAGAAACGCCCAUUGUCAGAAACGGACCCAAAACAGACACCCACACAGAGCAGCAUGGAGAACGAGCAAGGUAACUACACCGACAAUAACAGUAGCUACAGCACGGUGGAUACUUCAAAAGCCGAGCGAUCGGCGUGGCUGAUGAAGUGUCCUCCUGCUGUUUCCAAGGCAUGGGAGUCUGCCGCCGCGGCCUCCGACUCUCCGCCUGUGGCCAAAGUCGUCGUCUCUCUCGAUCCCCUCAACCCCGAGGGCUCUUCUUCUCUUGAAUAUUCUAUGGAGAUGGCUGGAAGUGAGGUUGCGAACGUGCCAAAGAGUUACUCCCUGAAUAUGUUCAAGGAUAUCGUUCCCAUGUGCGUUUUUUCGGAGACAAACCAAGGAAGAGUUUCCAUUGAAGGCAGAGUGGAACAUAAAUUUGACAUGAAGCCCCAUCAUCAGAACAUUGAAGAAUAUCGAAAAAUAUGCCGUGAAAGGACAAAUAAAUCCAUGAUCAAGAACAGGCAAAUACAAGUGAUCGAUAAUGAUCGUGGAGUGCUCAUGAGGCCCAUGCCUGGAAUGUUGGGCAUGAUUUCGUCCACUUUGAAGGAUAAGAGGAAAGCAGCUCCAAUUAAGGGAUCAGAUGUGAAAAGAACUAGAAGGGACCGUGGGGAGCUGGAAGACAUCAUGUUUAAGCUUUUUGAAACGCAGCCUAACUGGACGUUGAAGCAGCUGGUCCAACAAACUGACCAACCUGCGCAAUUUUUGAAGGAGAUACUGAAUGAGCUCUGUGUAUACAAUAAAAGAGGAACCAACCAAGGAACGUAUGAGCUCAAGCCAGAGUAUAAGAAAUCUGUUGAAGAUACAGGUGCUGAAUAAUGGCAGUCGUUAUCUGUUAAUUAGGUUGUGCAUUGAGGUAAUACAGUCGAUCAAAGAACAGAUGAUGUCCAAAAGGGUAUACACCAGUCUGUAAAUUAGGUUGCACUGUGGUGUACACCUAUCCUGUCAUAUUUCGUGAUAUUAUGUGUCUUACCAUCCUCGAACUCAAGAAAUGAACCGAGGAUAUUAAAAAGCUUUAUAUUAUAACCGUAGGUUGUUUCUCUUUGUGAAUUAGAAUCCCGCAACAUCCCUGAUUGGAUCAACAGUGUUGGUACAUAUUAUCUGGCCGAUGUUCUUCAUUUCUUUUUAUUUUCUCAUCUAAUUAUUAACAUAGUGUGGAAUUUAAUAAUAUUCAGUGGGUGAAAUUUCUUAA